AUGCGUCUUCUCGACACCGCGGCUGUGGCUUUUGGCCUGUUUACUGCUACGUCCGCCUCCCUCCAUCCUCACCGAUCGUACGAAACCCACGAUUACUUCGCCCUCCACCUCGACGACUCCGCUUCUCCCUCCGGCAUCGCCCAGCGAUUGGGGGCUCGAUUUGAAGGUCCUAUCGGAGAACUUGAUGGCCACUAUACCUUUUCCGUACCGCGCGAUGGCGACGGAGAUGUAGACUCCAUGCUGGAACGUGCGCGCGCACGAAGGAAACUUAGGCGACGCUCCGAGGAUACCAGCUCCUCGCUGGAUACCGACGAGGGACUGGACGGCGUGCUGUGGUCUCAGAAACUGGUUCUCAAGCAGCGACUGCAGAAACGGAUACCGCCGCCCGGGAACUUCCCGCGAGAGCCCGCGGGUACCACCAAGGAGAGCCCCGAGGCCGUGAAGAUUCAGAAGAACAUCGCGUCCACGCUGCAAAUCGCUGAUCCGAUUUUCAGUGGCCAGUGGCAUCUCUACAAUACCGUGCAGCUCGGCCACGACUUGAACGUCACCGGUAUCUGGUUGGAAGGGAUUACAGGACAUAACGUUACCACGGCGGUGGUGGAUGACGGGCUGGACAUGUACAGCAAUGACUUGAAGCCGAAUUAUUUCGCCAAGGGCUCCUAUGACUUCAACGAGAAGUCGCCGGAACCGAGACCGCUGCUGUCGGAUGAUAACCACGGUACCCGAUGUGCUGGAGAGAUUGCGGCGGCGAGAAACGACAUCUGCGGUGUGGGCGUUGCGUAUGACAGCAAGGUUGCCGGCAUUCGCAUUCUCUCGAAACCGAUUGACGACCAGGACGAGGCGCUCGCGAUCAACUAUGCCUACCAGGAUAACCACAUCUACUCGUGCUCUUGGGGUCCACCUGACGACGGAGCUACGAUGGAAGCGCCCGGGAUCUUGAUCAAGAAAGCUAUGGUCAAUGGUAUUCAGAAGGGACGCGGCGGCAAAGGCUCCAUCUUCGUCUUCGCCGCCGGAAACGGUGCCUCGUACGACGACAACUGCAACUUCGACGGAUACACGAAUAGUAUCUACAGCAUCACUGUCGGUGCCAUUGAUCGCGAGGGCAAUCAUCCCAGUUACUCGGAGUCUUGCUCCGCCCAGCUGGUGGUCGCCUACAGCAGUGGCACCACCGACGCCAUUCACACCACUGAUGUCGGCACCGACAAGUGCUAUUCCCUUCAUGGUGGAACGUCGGCUGCGGGUCCCUUGGGUGCGGGUACCAUCGCUCUCGCUCUCAGCGUUCGACCCGAGUUGACGUGGCGGGAUGCCCAGUACCUCAUGUUGGAGACGGCUGUUCCGGUCCACGAGGACGACGGCAGCUGGCAAGUCACCAAGAGCGGCCGGAAGUUCAGCCACGACUGGGGAUUCGGGAAGGUGGAUGCGUACUCGCUGGUGCAGAAGGCCAAGACCUGGGACCUCGUCAAGCCCCAGGCAUGGUUCCACUCGCCGUGGCUUCGGGUGCAGCAUGAGAUUCCUCAGGGAAACCAGGGUCUGGCCAGUUCCUACGAAGUGACCAACAAGAUGGUGCAAAAGGCCAAUAUUCAGAGACUAGAGCAUGUGACCGUUACCAUGAAUGUUAACCACACCCGCCGCGGCGAUAUCAGCGUGGAGCUGCGCAGUCCGGAGGGCAUUAUCAGCCAUCUGAGUACCGCUAGACGGUCCGAUAACGAAAAGGCGGGCUAUGUUGACUGGACCUUUAUGACCGUUGCACACUGGGGAGAAUCUGGCGUCGGAAAAUGGACGGUGAUCGUCAAGGACACCGUUGUCAAUGAGGAGAUCGGAAAGUUCAUUGACUGGCGACUGAACCUUUGGGGAGAAGCCAUCGACGGCGCCAAGCAGGGCCUACAUCCUCCGCCCAACGAGCACGACGAUGAUCAUGACAUCGAGGACGCGGUCGUGGCCACGACAAGCGUUCACCCCGGACCAACCAAGACCGAAGCCCCGAACCCGCCCACUGACGUUGCGGAUCGUCCGGUCAACGCGAAACCUACGCCCACUCCGCAGAACCCCACGCCGGCAGAGGAUACCCCGGCCGAAGAGGAGUCGAAGGCGCCCACGCCGGCGGAAACCACUGGCUCUAAAACCAGUGCCACGGAGGAAGCGGCGGCUGCGACCACAUCGUCCGAGAGCUUCUUGCCCGCCUUUUUCCCAACUUUUGGCGCCUCGAAACGCACCCAGGCCUGGAUCUACGCCGCCAUAGGGUCCAUCAUCGUGUUCUGCAUCGCCCUCGGCGUCUACUUCCACAUCCAGCGUCAGAAGCGCCUGCGCAACGACCCCCGCGAUGACUACGACUUUGAGAUGAUUGAAGACGACGAAGAUUUGCAUGCGGCCGGUGGACAAGGCGGUGCCACCCAACGCCGGGGCGGCGAGCUCUACAACGCUUUCGCGGGAGAGAGUGACGAAGAGCCAUUGUUCAGCGAUGAGGAUGAUGAGCCGUACCGUGACCGGUCUGGCAGCGAUGAUCAACAGCGACGAGACAGCUCUCACGGAGAUCGACGAUAA